GACCGCGUGCGUGGGCCCACACGGCCCCGGGGCUGUCGCAGUGCCCCGCACACCCCUGCCCCUCGCUGACACCGCGGGGCGUUGCGAGCGGGCACGGGGAGGGCGCCCGGCGCGGGGGGUCCCCGACAUAGGGCAGGGUGCGGGGAGCAGCGGGGAGCCCACCGCCCAGUCCCUGUACGGCCCCGUCCCGCACAGCCCCGUGGGCAGCACCGGAGACCCCGCGCCGCCGCCCUCCCGCGGGGCCCCGUGCGCUAGGACCGGCCCCAGCCGCCGCCUGCCAGCAGCUGCCCGGCGCCGCUCGGUUAAAAAUAGCGGCGCGGCCAUGGCGGCCCGGGGACACCCUCCUACCCGCUUCCACCGCGUGCACGGCGCCAAUGUGCGCCUGGACGCCUCGCGCACACGGGCCACGCGGGUCGAGAGCUUCGCCAACGCGCUGUGCUUCAGCCACGAGCCGCUGGCACCCGGGCAGAUCUUCCUGGUGGAGAUCGAGGAGAAAGAGCUGGGCUGGUGCGGGCACCUGCGCGUGGGGCUGACGGCGCACGACCCGCAGAGCCUGGGCACCGUGCCCGAGUACUCGCUGCCUGACCUGGUCAGCCUGGGGGACACCUGGGUGUUCGCCAUCACCCGCAGCCACAACCGCGUGUCGGCUGACGGGCAGGAGGAGCCGGCCCCGGCCCCUGCACCGCUCUGGGAGCCCGAGCUGCGCAUCGAGGGCGUGAGGAUCCCCCGCGACAAACUGGUGGGGCGCAGCCGCCCCGGGCGCUACAGCCACCUCCUGGACGAGCUGUACCGCACCAACGUGCUGCCACCCACCGCCCUGCGCAGCCGCAUCGGCGUGCUGUACGCCCCGCGGCCCGACGGCACCGCCGACAUGCACAUCGUCAUCAACGGCGAGGACAUGGGGCCGAGCGCCCGGAGCCUGCCCACGGCGCGGCCGCUCUACGCUGUGGUUGACGUCUUCGCCUCCACCAAGAGCGUCCGUGUGAUCCAGGUGGAAUACGGCUUCCCCUCCUUGCAGACGCUCUGCCGGCUGGUCAUCCAGAAGCACAUUGUGCACCGCCUGGCCAUCGACGGCUUGGAUCUACCCCCCCUGCUGAAGCACUUCUGCCAACACGAGUGAAGAACCGAGGGCGCUGCAUGGCCCAGCAUGGCCCCUGGCCCCCCAGAGCAUGCCAGAGGGACUUAACGGGUAUGACUGGGCUUGUGACCGCUCUGGAGGGUAUCACAGAAAGAGAGUAAGUAAUAAAGCACUUCAAGCCACAACCUGAGCUUGCUGCGUGGUGCCGGUGCACAGAGCCCAGGAAUGAAGCCUGCACGUCCUCCUGGCCUGCCUGCCUCCAGCAACAGCCCUGGGGCUACGGGAUGGAGGCCUGUGCGUAUGGGAUGCCGUGUGCUGGGGCACUGCUUCCCAGUGCUGCGGCAAGUUCAGAGCACUGCCAGAGGCAAGUAUAGGACCCGCAGCCCCAGCCUGGGCUCCUUUCUGGCUGGAAGCAUCCUGCAGCAGGGACAGGGCAGCCUGGGGAGGUUGUGCUGCCAGCAAUGGGCCCUCAGAAAGGGCUGCAGGACUCCCUGCUCACGUGGAAGGUAAAUUGCAGCUGGGCCCUGUCCCAGCCACGCAGUUUCACUAUUGGGAAACAUGUUUACUGAGAAUGGGAUGACUUAUUUCCUGUGCUCUCUGUGAAGAGGCGGAAGGAUCGGACUGCUGUCCACGCACCACGUGCAGGCUACAGCUACAGCAGUGGCUGCUCCUCAUGCACAUGCCUAUGGCCAUGAAGCCGGUCACAGCAAGCUGGGGGAGGUCUGGCAGCCCCACUGCAGCCCCUGGUCCCAACCUUGGCUCACCGUGCGCCUGUGCUGUGUUUCCCUGCUCCAGGAGCAGCCAGAACACAUGGCUCUAAGCUUACAGAAAGGUGUCCUAAGAAAUGCUAUACUAUAUUUAGAGGGAUUCGAUAUUAUCAGAUAACACGACAAAACCCUCAAACGAGAGGAAAUCCCCGACCACACAGCAGUUCUACUUCAACAGGCCAACUCUAAAAUCGAAGUGUUACUGAAGCACCAACCGUGGGAAACAGGGCACUAAUGAAUUACAGCGGUCAAGAGAGGUCUGCGGUGCGUGCUGCUCCUCCCCAGAUGUCCCCAGCACAUCCCACAGGACUCAGCCUGCCGUGCCCCAACACAGCCAAGGGGCUGGAGGGGGGCUGGCAGCUUGACAGCUUCUGCAGGCUGGGGUGAACAUGUGUUUGUUCCUCUUAGUAUUUUUUCCUCCUCCACCCCACACACUCAAAGCGUUUGCUCUGCGCUUCGCAGCAGCAUUGUUUGUACUGCUGUGACCCCCAGCAGGCAGGAGGGAGGGCGGUUCCAUUUUCUGAAUAAUUAAGAGCAGCUGCCACAGCAAGAUAAACAAACGCCCCAGCAUGCACAGCACUGCCAGCAGCAGAGAUCGCCACCCUCAGGUUCUGCUGCUCCUUAACACAUAGGCUCAC